CGGCACCGAAAGCUCGUGUUCGUCCGAUGAACAGAACUUGACUCUUUCUUUCUAUAAGACCACGUUCCAAAACUACUUCUCUCCCUCACACCUACUGCCAGCACACACACUGGGUCAGAUUGAAACGCGUCUGAUUCAAUACGGCGUCCGGAAAAGUCAAACUGUCUAAACUCAAGGCCAAAGAUCAAAACGCUGGGCCGAUGAAUAAACCGGAUGUACAGUCUUGGCUGUCGUCGGCUGGAAAAUCUGACGAUGAUGGCUCUGGUUCAUCAGCCUCUUUGUGGCAAAGGGAUCAAGUCAUGAAAGACUGGUCAUUUUCAAUGAUCGCAGCGCAAAAAGUUUUGAUGGAUAGUAAGACCAGCAUAAGGCUCUCUUUUCUCCGCGACGAGUUGUCUACUUUGGCUAAACAUGGAGAUCUGACACUAUCGCAGGUCAUGGAUAUAUUCAGGCUCUUAACUUUGACAUAUCCGAGAUACUCUGACAGUCCUUCAAGAGAAGCGGUCGAGGAGGUUGGAAUGGUGUUAGUAAAAAGGGACGAAUUGCGUGGCACAGAGGACGGUCCACCUGAUGAGCUGAAAAUGGGGGUUGCAGAGCAGGUUGUAGGAUGGAUAUCGAAUGAAGUGUCGCAUUUCGCUAAGCGUGGAUCAUCGAGCUCAUACGCGCCUUCUAAUUUGUUUGUCUUGCUCGGCUGGUGUUCUGGGCUAUAUACCGUAUGCCUAGAGUCUAAUCCCAAAUUCAUCGAAACCCUAUCCUGGAAGUCACUCGUUGGAUCGAUGGCCAUACUACUGGAUAUGGUGUACGACUCAAACCGUGCCAAACCGUCUCUGAAAAAGGGUGCACUUGUCCGCGUUCGACGUGCCUUACGCUCAGCUGGUGAUAAAAUCCCAACUCUCAUAUCUACACUGUUGGCUCAUAUCAAGGACAGUCAAACCCCCUUGCGGUUUAUGCAACUUAUCGGCGUUGCUGUGAGUGUUCUCGUCCGCCUGAAGAAUGUGGAAGAAGGACCAGCUGAGAGGCUUCCUUCAUGGCUGAAAUCUCAAAUAAUCACGCUGUACAUUGGAUCUGUAUUAAUGACAAGGUCGCCGGUACCAGAGCAUCUACUAACGUCUAUCGAGGAUUUUAUUCAAUAUUUCGUCACCGACGAAGAGCUUACUACAUCGAUACUGCCGACUGCCGACAAGGCAGUCCUUCGUUCUCCGGAAUACUCCCUAGAUGUGCUGUCGAAAUUUUUCAGAACAUAUUCUCACUCACUAUCUACUGACUCUUUCAAACGUAUCCUCAUCUACUCGAUCAAUAGCGCCAAGUCCAGCAAUCCUAAUAUCCGUACAUCUUCAGUCUCGCUCUUUCGAUCUCUCGUAUCUACAAAUACCAAAAGCCCCAAUUGUGAUUCAGAUUUUUCCCUCGCUGUUUCUGAAUUACUCGCGCUCCCAACGACCAGCAAAACCGCUGGACCUGAUCACCGUGUUGCUCUGUACUCGAUGCUUGCAUCGUUGCCUCCUUCAUCAGCAAUAUCCGAAACUCUAGUUCAGACCGCCGUACCUCUCCUUGCGAAAGAGACUCACGAAGGUGCAGUGAUGAUCCUGGCUGAUGCACUUCCAUCCCACGUCAACUUUUUACUGUCCAAUAACAAACCUCUCACACCCGAAGUGACGGGGCUCAUUUCAAAAGAAAUGGGAGGUAUCAAACCAUCCAUCCGGCACGCGUUUUGCCUGAUGGCAGGGAGCGCUUUAUGGAGGACUGGAACCAAAACGACUGACACCGAUGCCAUGUUGGAGUUUACCAAAGCUAUUAUGCCAGCGUUAAACACCACGUUGAAAAAUGUUGCCGCUAAUCCUCUAAAUGCCUCCGGAGGCGUUUUGGAGGCCUACAUUGCAAUUGCUUUGUUAUUAGGUCCACUCGCAAAGUCGGGGGAAUUCGAUGAUUUCGUGGCAAAAAAUCCGGUGCUGCAUGGCAUUUCGACUGUGGGCGUAAAACCGUCGUUCUUGUUAUGGGAUAAGGUGUAUCAAAAGGCAACGGAUGUUAAUGACGAGAAGUGGCUUUUGAGAGCUUGUGAGGCAGCUGUAGUUUAUUUCAAUGCCGAGAUCUCGAAGAGUGAGGCUUUGAGGACUCAAUUUGGAUCGGUGUUCUUACACCUUGCACUUGACGGUGUUUCACGCUCAAUACGACGAGAUGUUUAUAACUCCCUAGAAGCCAUAGUCAUGCACUAUCCCAAUUUGGCUCACAGUAUCAUCCGGGAUGCCAUUACUGCGUUCUUAUCGCGUGGAGCACCAAGCUCGAUAACUGGGGAUAAACCUUGGAACAAGCAUUCUCAUCUUUCUGGGUUGCUCUUGAGUACUGUAGCAUCUGGACAGGAACUUGAUUUAGCUGUGAGGGAGAAUGCAGUAGUGGAUUACGUAAUCAUAGCAAAUCAUGUGCUCGUUUGUGGGUCAUCACACCAAACGUGGAUUGACUUGUGUCAAAAGGCAGAUAUAGAUCCUAGAGAGGUGAUUGGGAAACAUUUAGCCAGGCUCCUCAAGCUCGUUCUGGAUGCCUCUCUCUCUGAUACAAAGUCAGGUUUUCCUGAAGCUUGUUACCGGACUGUGUCAACCCUUGCGUUUGUUUCACCUGGUGAUAUACUUCCCAAAAUCCUUGAGCAGUUGAGACAAGAUAUCAACCUGGAUGUCCUGAGCUCUUUGACCGAAGAUGAGUUUGGGAUCUGGGCGACACCAGAGGGAACAGCAUUCGAAGAUGUACGAGACAAAAAAGGCAAAGACAGUGAGAUCAACAAAUGGGAGGACGAGCUGCGCAAGUCUCUUGCAGACAAAAAGGCAAAGGCAGCAAAAACCUCUACGUUGACCAACCAAAUUCGCGCAAAAGUGAAUGAUGUGCAUUUCAAGUUAAUACGCGGGUUGUAUCUAGUGAGAAGCCUGAUGGAGACGUCUGUGGAUGAGUUCCGCAUGUAUGUAUCUCCAAUUUCGACGCUCCUGCUGGACGGUGCGCUUGCUAAGGGAUAUUUGCUUGUGGGCGAACUGGCGUUUGAAACGUAUUUGCGCCUUGCUCAAUGUUGCUCCGAGAGAUUGGAUACAUUUCGCAAGUGGAUCGGAAUAGCGACCUUGCGAUGCUUGAGAGAGAACGUCGUGCCCGAAGACCUCAAAGCGGAGCCAUUGAGUCAGCUAAUUGUCCUUCGGGUUUUACAUCAUGUUCGGUUUCUCUCGGAACAUGUCCCGUUUGAUUCUGCCACGUUCUCCUACAUAUUUCCGCUUUUUAAUCAUGUCGCUUUGGAAGGAGGUGUAGUUACUGAAGAGCUCGAAGAGAAGCUGGAACAAGUCUCCUUGACCCAGGAUAUUAUCAAGUUCACUGUGGUGAAUGUGAGAAAACUGGAACUUCGCUGCGUUUCAGAUAUGGCGUUUCCUCGCAAGCAGACCCUUCAACUCUUGAUUCACAUCAUUCGCCUUCAACCUAAGCUUAGUAAAGAAGCAUCUUCGUCUCUAGUUGAUCUUGGAGAAUCUAUUCACGGUUCAGCACUGAAGGAAGAGAUUGAAACUCUCGUGCGUGGAACACUCUCUCAAGAGGUUUACGUCCGCAAUUCUUGUUUGCAAGCUCUCCAACCAUUCGAUUUGACCGACCUCGAUUGGUCUGCGGAGCUUUGGAUCGCUUGCCAAGAUGAAGAUGAAAAAAAUGCACGUCUCGCUCGUCACAUCUGGGAGGACAACGGCCUGGAUGUACCGCAAUCGUUCAUGACGCAAUUACUGAACUACUUGGGGCACGAUAAUGUGUACGUUCGAUCAAGCGCCGCCGCCGCUAUAUCAGAAGCUGUAGAACUUUGGCCUCAAACUAUCGUCGAAAUUAUGACCAUUCUCAAAGACUACUAUCGCGAUAAAGCCAGGAUAUUAGCGCCAGAAUAUGAUCAAUAUGGUAUGGUUAUCGCGCAAAGUCUUGAGCAGUCGGAUCCUUGGCAAGCUCGGGUGGCCGUUUCGCGCGCGUUCCAGCUGCUUUCCCCGCUCCUUAUCGAGACUGAAGUUGUGCCGUUCUUCCUCUUUCUGAUCCAGGAUGAAGCACUUGGAGACCGUACUCCAGAGGUACGGAGAAGCAUGCUGACUGCUGGGACAAUCACAGUUGACCUCCAUAGACACUCUUGUAUUGCUCCUCUCAUUGCCAUGUUCGAAGAGCAUCUUAGCACACCUAGCUCUGUGACUGAAACAGGUGAUCAUAUUAAGGAAGCGGUGGUCAUACUUUUCGGACGUGUUGCUCGCCACUUGGAUGCCUCUGAUACUCGUAUUCCCAAUAUUGUGGAACGACUCGUUGAAGCUCUCAAAACGCCAUCAGAGCAAGUCCAGAUCGCUGUCUCUGAAUGCUCUCCCACUGUACCUGCCUUGGUUGACAGCCUCCUAGAGGAUCUCUUCAAUGCUCCCAAAUAUGCCAGCCGACGUGGCGCUGCAUAUGGUCUUGCUGGCGUAAUCAAGGGCACUGGUAUCGGUGGAAUGAAGGAGUUUUCAAUUGUCACUAAACUUCGCGCUGCCAGCGAGGACAAGAAGCGUUAUGAGUCCCGACAAGGAGUCCUAUUUGCGAUUGAAACGCUAUCAAACACUCUUGCACGUCUAUUCGAGCCCUAUAUUGAAUUCAUUCUACCCAUUCUGCUAACACUAUUCGGAGAUGCAUCAGCGGACGUACGCGAAGCUACUCAAGAUGCAUCUCGCAUAAUCAUGGGGAACAUGUCCGGUUAUGGGGUCAAGCUUAUCCUUCCUUCACUACUUUCUGGAUUGGACGAAAAACAGUGGCGGUCAAAGAAGGGGUCUAUCGAACUGCUGGGUAUGAUGGCGUAUUGUUCACCACGCCAGCUUUCACUCUCGCUUCCUAUCGUGAUUCCACGAUUGACUGAGGUCUUGACGGAUUCGCAUGCACAAGUUCGAGCUGCAGCCAACAAGAGCUUGAAACAGUUUGGAGAAGUUAUCAGCAAUCCUGAAAUUCAAGGCCUCGUUCCUGUCCUGCUCAAAGCUCUUGUUGAUCCUGCGAAGACUCCCAAUGCACUUGCCGGGCUGUUGAAAACUUCGUUCAUGCACUACAUUGACCACUCGUCACUGGCUUUGGUUGUCCCUAUCAUCGAGAGGGGUCUCCGAGAACGCGGCGCCGAUACGAAGAAAAAAGCAGCCCAAAUUGUUGGUAAUCUGGCCUCUCUUACAGACACGAAAGACUUUGUACCAUACCUUUCGCAACUUCUGCCUCUUGUGCACGUGGUGUUGGUCGAUCCAGUUCCGGAGGCCCGGGCGACGGCAGCAAAGGCUCUGGGAACCUUGGUAGAACGUAUGGGUGAAGUUCACUUCCCUGACCUUGUCCCAGGCCUACUGCGGACUCUCAAAAUGGACACCUCUGGCGUGGACAGACAAGGGGCAGCUCAAGGUCUUAGUGAAGUCCUUUCAGGACUGGGAAUGGAGCGUCUAGAAGGUCUUCUUCCAGACAUUAUUGCCAAUGCACAAUCUCCUCGCGCGACCGUUCGGGAAGGUUUCAUGUCUCUUCUGGUCUACCUACCUGCUACGUUCGGUUCCCGCUUUCAACCCCAUCUUCCUAAAAUCAUUGGACCGAUUCUCAGCGGACUUUCAGAUUCAGAAGAAUACGUUCGAGAAGCGGCUAUGCGCGCUGGACGGAUGGUCAUUACCAACUAUUCUAGCAAAGCCAUUGACCUUCUACUUCCGGAAUUGGAGCGCGGCAUGUUUGAUGCUGGGUGGCGUAUACUUGGAGAGUUGCUGUUCAAAGUUUCAGGUAUAUCCGGAAAGCCCUCUGAUAUUGAUGAAGAGGACGACACUGCUGCUGAAGUUGGCGGGGCAGAUGCUUCAAGGCGUGCUCUUGUUGAAGUUCUUGGUGUUGAGCGCCGUGAUAGAUUACUUGCUGCCCUGUAUCUUGUCAGACAAGAUGGCGUUGUGGUCGUACGCCAAGCAUCAAUUCAAAUCUGGAAAGCUUUGGUGCACAACACUCCUCGAACUGUCAGGGAAAUUCUACCUGAGCUCAUCAACCAGAUUAUCUUCCUUAGCUCAAGUUCUGAAUUUGAACAACAAGAGACUGCGGGUCGUACAAUUGCCGAGAUCUGCAGAAAGUUCGGGGAACGUAUACUUGGAGAAAUUAUGCCACUUCUCCGUUCCAAAGCCUCAUCAACUGAUCCCAAGUCACGUGAGGGUGUUUGUAUUGCGCUAUCCGAGAUCAUGGAAAGCACUACCGAUUCUCAGCGGGAAGACCACGAAGAAGGUAUCAUCGUCAUUGUGCGCGAGUGCCUUGUCGACGACGAGGGCGAUGUUCGCACGGCUGCCGCAAAAGCGUUCGAUGUUCUGCAAGAACAUAUCGGUGCCAAAGCGAUUGACGAGACCAUCCCAACAUUAUUAGAGGCAUUACGACAGCCUGGAAAAGGUUCAGGCACGGCUUUGCAAGCUCUGAGAGAGGUCAUGAGUGUUCGUGCAAGUACUGUGUUCCCAGUCCUCAUACCGACAUUGACCGCAAUCCCAAUGACUGUUUUCAAUGCUAGGGCAUUGGCGUCUCUAGUUACUGUGGCUGGGAACGCAUUAAGCAAACGGCUUACUACUAUCCUUAAUGCCAUUGUAAAAGUACUUGAAGGAUCUCCUACUCCUGAUGACGAGCUGAGAGAAGCUGUAGAUGAAGCACUUCGGGCAUUGUUAGAAUCUGUCAGUGAUACGGAAGGAUUGAAUACGCUGAUGCUCCUGUUAUUGGGCUGGGUCAAACAUGAUUCGCCUCGAAGACGUGUAAACGCGCUCCAAUUCUUCGCGAUCUUCUGUGAAGUCACCGAACUCGACACUUCCAUAUAUCACGUAGACUGGAUACGUCAACUUAUCCCGUCGAUGGAGGACAGAGAAGUCGAAGUACACACUGCUGCUCAACACUCUUUGGAUGUAUACGUGAAGUCAAUACCGAAGGAUGAGCUUGAACCACUUGUAGUUCCGCUUCACCGGAAUCUCGAGUCUGCUGGAGCUCCUGGGCAUGACGUUCCUGGGUUCAGUCUUACCAAGGGAAUCGCCCCAAUGGUGCCAAUCAUCAUCGCCGGUUUGACAACAGGUAGUAACGACCAGCGAGAAGCAGCGGCUUAUGCCAUUGGCGAUCUCGUAGAACGUACUGCACCCGAAGCGUUUAAGCCAUUCGUCGUACCUUUUACUGGUCCAUUAAUCCGUGUUGCGACCCAGGCAACAUCCUAUCCUCCAGCAGUAAAGACAGCCAUCCUCAGUGGCUUGACGAGUAUGCUCGAACGCAUCCCAUUGUUUGUAAAACCCUUCUUCCCGCAAUUACAACGAACAUUCGUGAAGAGUGCCAGUGAUCCUGCUUCAGUCGUAGUUAGAACAAAGGCAGGGAGGGCGUUAGGAGUUCUCAUGAAGAAUCAACCGAGAGUAGAUCCCGUUAUUACAGAGCUGAUCAGUGGUAUUCGCACAUCAGAGGAGGGAAUCGCAGGAAGCUUGGUACUAGCAUUGGCUAAUGUGAUUGAUGGUGCUGGUGAGAACGUUGGUGAAAAGGCCAGAGAGACUUGCGUGGAGAUCGUCAACGACGCUUUCAAGGAGUCACAUGAUGAGUCGUACGUUCAAUCGAUUUCUGCUCUGGUAGUCUCGUUAUCCAUAUGGUCUGAUCUGAUGCGACCUAUUGUUGAGACCUACCUCGUCAGUGGCACAGCAAAUUCGAUGAUCUGCUCUCGGGUGAUACUCGCGGUUCUCGAAAGCGCAUUGGAGGAUACUUCAAAGGGUCCGAAUUUGUUUGAAAAUCUUGGAAUGAUGAACACUAUAACGCGAAAAGUACACGAAAGUUGCGCGAGUGAAAGGCCAAAUAUCGCCAGACCAGCAAGGGAAGCGCGGGAGUUGAUAGGUUGACCUGUAAAGUUACAGUAUCGAAAAUGUACAUCAUUGUUUGAAUUCUGGACGCAUUCGUGGCCUGCAUUCACGCGCCGUUUUGCAUUACCUGAUCCAGAUAUAUAC